AUGUCUGCCAAACCUGUCAUCUCACUUCCCCCGCAGCCGUGUCUUAUCGCGGCUAACGAGUCCGUCAACCCCGUUCCGAAGCUGCUGCUUUCCUUUCCGGUGCCUCGCCUGGUAUCGCAGCUGCGGCUCGAGACGGAAUGGGCGAGGCCGGAGGAGGAGGUCCCUGCCGCUGGUGUACCAACAGAAUCCUCUGCUUUGCCGUCAUGGAGGUCAGCGGAACUGGACCAGCUGUCACGCGGUAUGCAGGAGUCUGCCCAGCAGCUGCUCCUCACUGGUGUCUUUUCACGCUUUCUGCAGGAGCAGUUCCAUCGCGAGGCAGGACAAUUCCAUGGGAAUUGUGGCAGCGCCGACGACAGCUGUAGUUCCCUUCGCUGUCAGGGCCGUACCUCUGCCGCACAUUGUGUCAGUCGAACCGUCACGCGUGGCCUUCAAGGGCUGCUUUCCUCUAUGGUGCAGCGAAAUACGCUGCUGAAUGUUGCCCAACUGCGCAAGCAGUGCGAAUCAGGCACAACAUCAUCCCUGCUACCUCCUGGUAAGGACGCGUUCGCACACCGCGUGCCGCUGACGCGUGUUCCCGAGUCAGAAAGUUGGGUGAGAAGCGAAAAUGCUACAGGGCCAUCCCUGCGGCCGCGGCGAUCAGCGGAAUUGGGAAGCAGCCUGGCGGACACGUCGAUGGGCUUGCGAACCUUGGCACCGGCUGAUGACAAGCCGUCGAUCCCCGCCAGUGGGCGGCGGCGGGCGAGUGCGACGACCGCGUCUACUUCGACCAUUCCCAGGGUGGUGGCGAGCUACAGGCCGCGCACGACUUCAGAGUCGGCGAGCCUAGAGGCACUGGAGACGUCCUUGAGGGGCAGCGAGCGCACCGAUGUAAAUUCUAUUUCCUUUGCAGACUUUGUGCGACAGACCGCCAGUGAUAGUGGCAGCGGCGCUGUUGUUUUCGAUGAGCCACUGCUCCUCCGUUUCGUCUCCUGGCUGCCCCUUCAAGUGCGUCCUUUUGAGGGCAUUCCGUCUGCGCAGAUGACUGCUUGCUUGACGGCGCUCGCUGCAUCUUGCACUAGCCCUGAGGAGGAAGCGGCGGUGUUCUCCAACUCUGGUCUGCAGGAGUUGCCAUGGUCUGCGCGCACGUGGCUUUGCUGCCAGUGCUUAGCCCACCCGCACUUCCCCACUGAGGCAGUGCCAGCGGGACUCGUAGGACAUACAGUCGACGCGUUUGCACGGGUUAUUCGUGGUGUGGCGGCGUUGCUCUUGCGAGUGCAGCAAUCAGCAGACACGGCGGCUGUGGGGGUCAGCGCCGAGACAAGUAGCAAGCAAGAGGGACACUCGUCGACAGUUCUUGGGCAACGUAGUGCGGCUGACCGCAUGUGCACCACAUCGAGUCUGCACCCCUGGUUAGAACAGCUGCGGGGCUACCUGCGCAGCUUCGCCGUCAUGCUGUGCAACCGCACAGUGCGGCUUGUACCGGACACCGAUAUCAGCCGUCUCGAGGAGCUGUGCCACCAGUGUCUUUUUCAUGUGACGCGCAGCUGCUCCAAGGAAGUGCACCUGCUCUAUAGCACUUACAUCAUUGACGGCGCGGUGCACCUGUAUCGAUGCAUCUGGAACUGUCUCCAGGUGGAGCGGCAGCGCUUGGUGGAGGUGUUCUUUCAGCGUUUACCUACCUCUUCCGCGUGUCUGACGCAGCGGACCUAUCGUGUAAACUAUGACGGACGCACUGUGCUACCCCUCACCGUUUCCAUGCUGGCAGGCGCGCAGUCGUUGGUCAUCUCAGGCGAAGUAGGUGAGCUGAGCACUGUGGAGACACUGCAGCGUCAGUGCAGCUUGUGGGCCGGCACGUUUGUGCAUGAGCUGCUGCUGCGGUGCGCGUCAAGGAGGGACCGGACUGAGGACACGGCGGCGUGGGCGGCGGCAGUGGUCCUGGCGGAGGACUUGACGGAUCUUCUCGGGGUGCCGGAGUGGCCAGGCGCGGAUGUGCUGCUGCGCACUUUUGUGCACGCACUGGCACAGCUGUGCCUCAGCGCUGAGUCUGCCACGACGGCAUCCGCCGAGGCGCUGCGGCCACUGGCAGUGGAUGUGGUGGCCCGCGUGGCUCUGAGGCUUUUCGACGAGAGGCAGUCGUCUGUGCCGACGACUAUCUUGGCGGAGAUGGAGCGGCUCAGGGACGUGGCCAGCAGGGGCCAGGGGGUGGGUCCCCUGGUGCUGCAGAAUAUAGUGUGUGUGCCUGCUCCUUCACCACCCGCCGCUGCCGACCAACAGGCUUGGGAGCACAUGUGUGGUGCAACGGACAAGGCAGCGAUGCCAAGCAUCGGCACAGCGGACAGCUCUCUUCUUGGGGUCAUGGGAUCCGUCUACAUGGCUGAAUCGCAGCUUAUCGCAAAUCCGUCCACCGCGGCGGACUACGCUGCAGUGUGGUUUAACCUGCGCGCAGCGCAGGUCACGACGUGGGCUUCGCUGCAGGAUACCGAUCAGGAAUGGAUUUCGGAGGCAGGGCUUGGCUUACUCGUGCGGUGGCAGCGCCCCCCUGGUGGAGGGGACGCACCGGCCAACUGGAACGACGUGUGCUUGUGGACGCAGGUCAUCAGCACUCAGUUCAGCAACUCUAUGCUCAGCCUACGCACGCGGCAUACCCUGGUAUCGAUGCUGCUCUCCAUCUUCCACCUCAAAGACGCACAGGGCGUCGCGGUGCCGGUGUCGGAUGUGGUACAAAGAAAAGCACUCGCCCACCUCGCCCGCCUUACCGCGGAACACCCGCCGCUUCAUCGCUAUUUGUGGCCAGUGGUGCGGCAGUGCGUGCAGGACGACAGUGCGCGAGUGCGGGAGUCUAUCGUGCCCCUUCUUCUUACAAUGCUGAAUGGCGCGACCGUCACCGCAGCUGAGGGCGAGUUGACUGCCACGGACUACUCCGUGACCGCCGACGGGCUCACUGCCGAGGUGGUGAGCAGUCUCCUUUACCUUCUCAACGACAAGAGCGGCUCAGUGGUGUCGCGCACCAUCGCUGCCCUCGACGCAUUCCUGACAGAUGACGCUUACCAGUGCUUCUUCGCCACCCCGCACGGCGCACCGCUGCUCUUCUUCAUCGAGUAUAAGCUACUGCAACUCGCUGCCCCCGACGAGGCCGAGGCGCAGAGGCAUCGGAAGGAUGUGGUGAAGCACUUUCUGCGCCGCUGGGUGGUAACGCUAGGCGACGCCGAGGGCUCCCUCACUGGGGCCCACGCGCAGCUGGCAAAGGAGCUCGUUGCGCUGGCGGUGAUGGUGGCGCCAGACUACCCGCACGAUCUUGGCGAGGACAAUCCGCUGGUGCAGGUGCUACAGGGCAUGCACACAUAUGUGACCGCAUACGACCCUGCAGGUGAGACUUCGCCGAGCUCCACUGCUGCGAGUACGGCUGUGUCGCGUCGUCGCCCACGCGGCUAUCACAUUGACGGGGCCCGGCUGCUUCACGUCAUGCGCUGCGCUGCGCGAUCGCUGUGGACGCGGUACAACUGCUUUCACUCUACCGAGGACGCCGUGUCGUGCCUCGCCGCGAUGCGGGCCCUCGCGCAGGCCCGCGGGGAGUGGGUGCAGCCGCUGGCCGAGGUGCUAGUGCAGUCCAUCGCCUACCCCCCGCCUCCCACAUCACCACUCGCCAAAACACCGGAGGCGCUGGGCGGGGCGCUGUUGCACAUGUGUCAAACCUUACACUUCAUUCUGAAGGCCCCGCGGCUACCCCUCGUUUCUCUCGAUCAACUUGCACGCUCCCUGACAGCACUGCUAUCCAAGUACGUGGGGCCGUAUCAACAGCGCGUAAUUGUCGCCUCCUGCAGUGCCCUGUGCGCCCUCAUCACGUGUGGCGCCAAGCACCGUCUCUCCGGACAGGUCAACGUGCCGUACCUGCAACUCUGCUACUCGCUCAUGAACACCUACUACACCCGUGUGCGGGGACUGUUGCCGAGCUUGGCCACGCAGCCGCAGAGUGUCGCCUACACACUGCGCUUCCUCUUCCUCUUGUCCGAGUUUUUGCGUAUGUAUCCGGGCUGGAGGCAGCACCCGCCGCACCCGGCCCUCGUAGAGGAGUCGUUAGUUGGUCAUAACGCAGGAGCAACAGCGCCGAAUGCGCUCAUUGAGGGUCCCGGUAUCAUGGCUAACACAUAUCAGCUCCUCGAAGAUGUCUUGGGGAGUUGUGGCAGCUCCACCACACGGAAAGGCGUUACCGUGAUCGCUCUGCGCGUUGUCGCAUCGCUGUGCACGCUCGACCCCACGACGUACUUUCUCCGCGCUGAGGGGCGCAUUCGUGACGCACUUCGCUCCCACGACGUGCGUUUUCAACUACAGAGUCUCUCCUUGCUCUCAGAUUUUCUCAAGGAAGAGGAUCAGCGGGUGGAAGAGGCAGCGCGACAGGCUACUCACCUCGACACAACAGCACUCAUCCUCGGCUCUAGUGGCGGUGGUGACGCCAGUGACACUUCGAGUGGUAGCUGGGGAAAUGGUGACGGCGACGACAAGUUUGAGGCGCCACUGCCUGGUCGUCGUGUCAAGCGCAUGCGCCAUAAACAAGCCGCCGUCGCUGUCAAUGCGCCAGAGCAGAUGAAGGCGAGAGGCAACGCGAGACGGGCGCCACUGCCGCACUCUUCGGCUGCAGCACACACAGAGGAUUUCAAUAGCGGUAUGGCAACAUGGAUCUUUCAGCAGUUCCAUGGCGACAUUGCACGGCUCAGCUGCGGCACCCCCAACAGCCAAGUGCGCUCGCUCUGCCUGCGCCUGUUUCAGCAAGCUGCGCACGGGGGCCUGCUUCCACCUGAAAAAUAUAUGCAGGUUAUCGUAGCCCUCGCCGCGGACGUUCAUGCACCGCUGCGGCAGCAGGCGGCGGCCACUCUCACCAUUUCCUGUGAACACCAUGAGGUGGUGGGGUCGUCGGUCGGGCGGGGUGUCGAGCUCGCGUUUUGUCUGCAUCACACGUGCGGCGUGAACCUUCUUCGAAGCGCCGUGGUGCCUGACAAGCUGCUCACCACUGCUGUCGACAGUGGCACCGGUGGCAUUCUGAGCGGGUACAGCGUCCACAGCUCUGUGUACACGUUGCUGCACAAACGGCUACGCGACAGCAUGAUCACCACCCUGGUGCGUUUCUUCUACCAAGAUGACAAGGCGCGGACGUGGUGCGAGGAACAUGCGCAGCAGCUUACCGACGCCACCGAAGCUCUUGCCGCGUCAUCUUCGUCGGGGGUCGUCUUCAGUCUCUUUCACCCGCUCCUCUUUCUCUGUCACUUGACGCUGGCGCUUGCGACGCUACCGUUUCCGCAUGAGAAUGACGUGAUGCAUGUGCUCCAGCAGGCCCGCACCGGCCUCGACUUGAACGGGCAGGCAGCGUUGGACUGGUUAAGAGAUAAUGAGGGGUCGACUGCCCCACCGUCGCUCACCGACACAAGCAGUAGUAUGGUUAUGCGGUGGAAGGCAAUUGGCGCCUUACUGCUUCAUUACCUGCGGUGCAGCCUUAAAUCCGAGUACCACGUGAACUCUGCGAAGCUCGUGCGCUACCGCAGCCGUCAGAACUUCCGUGCCGCGACCACUGCAGCACAGCAAUGCACUGCGUCGCCCAUGCAGCGCCGCGCCGCGCACAGCGCCGCGAUGGCCGAUCUGACAGCUCGCCUGGAGCGACUUGUGAGACUCUUAGAGCCUGCCUUGAGGUUGUCGUGGGCAGUCCAUCCGCCAACGGAUGUGGUAGAGGUCAGCUGGCAUGCGCUGAGCGUUGAGCUAGAGUCUGCACUGAUGGAAGAGAGCGCCGACGCCUUUGGAGAGUGCACCCCUAGUCGUAGCACGUGUGUGUGUGGACGAGCAAAGAGAGCUCGAGUGGCUCGUCCUACGCGCCACGCCACGGCUCCGUCACGGCGCAAGCGACAGCGGUGCUCCUUUCCAAGGGACACCACAAGUACAGACGACAGCGCACAGGACGACACAGAGAGUGACGAGGCGGCGACUCGUAGUUCUUCUGAGUCGCCCGCACUUAACACACCAUGCGAAGCAGCUCAUCAGCACAAUCUCGACCCCCCUUUCCCACAUACGAACAACGGCUAG